CUCCAGUGGCUCCUCCUUGGCUGAAAUGGAAAGUUCCAGCGUACGUCACGGUACUGGCAGUUGUUCUGCUGUUUGGAGUUGUCACUGCCUUGGUCAUGUUCCUCUUCCCUAGCCCAUCGAAAGCGGUGAGGACAUUCUGCAUGACAGAGGACUGCGUGAAGCACAGGCAACUGCUUGAGAAUCAGCUUGACAAAACUAUCGACGCUUGCGAAGACUUCGGUGCCUACGUGUGCCGACAGUGGUUGCCGAGAAAGGAGUUCGCCGAACUGUCGCGCAGCAUGAUUUGGGACAUGGUCAUGUCUUGGCUUAGCAGGCUUCCCGACACGCUGACAAAAAGCGCAGCUCGGCUGCCAGUGGCAAACAAGGCGGCGGCCAUGUUUAAUAGCUGCGUGACGCAGGUUGGCUCUGGGGCUACAGUUAUCAAAGACUUCAUGCACGCUCAUGGAAUCGCGUGGCCUGAAGACCCGGACGGAUCUAUUAAACCGCUCGAGGCGCUGUUCGACCUUUCCUUCAACUGGAGGGUGCACCUUUGGCUAAGGCUCAAUGUGCUCGCUGUUACUCGGCACUACAAUCGAAGGCUCAUCAUCGUUUCUCCUAAUGAUAUGCUGGCUCUAUGGUGGCGAGUGUUUAGGCAGAUACCGAAAGAGCGCUUCGACACCGUUUAUCGAGCAUUCUUCAAGAUGUUUGCCAAAAACGCCACAAUUCGCCCACGUGCACAGGACAUCAACGCGACCCAAGAGCUCCUGGAAAUCGUUUUCCAAACCUUCCUCCCGGCAGCAAAGUGGAAUGCUCGCUCUCCAAAACUCCUCUCGCUGCGAGAACUCGACAGACACUCGUCGGUCGCCAUUGGCGAGCGACUGAUGCACAGCCUGAACUCCGUGCUGCGAAUCGACCCGCCGGUAACGAUGGACGACUUGGUGCUUCUGAGCGACGACGCCAUUCUCGAGGGUACAUUCGUGCUUAUCGGCAUUUACGGCGACGAAUACGUUCUCAAGCAGCUGUCGUGGUUGUUUAUGCAAGCUUGCGCUGUAGUGGCUGACCCUGCCAAAGUUCUUGUAGUCUUGCACGGAAACAAGCACCACGCGCUGGCACAGCUGCCUCGCUUCUGCGCCAGACAGGUUGAAGACAGCUACAAGCUGAUGGUGUCUGCGAUGGCCUCCGUAGCCCACUUCGCUGAUGAUGAGCGCCGGCGCAUCGACGAUUUCCUGGCCGAAAUACGGCAGAUGGCCCUCAACAAGACCUUGGCUUCAGCGUGGCUGGAUAAUGCGACCUCCGAACUUGCUGCCGACAAGCUGAAGAACGUAGAAGCCGUGCUGUGGCCGGCUGAGAAAUUUCCUCACCACGAGAGCACUCGGUGACAUCUACGCGCACUUUCCCGAGACGGGGGCUUGGUUCGCCAAUUUCUGGAUCGAGUCCCGCCGCAGCCAGCGUGGCCUGUUCGGCUCCGAGGCCGAUGUGGAGGAGCAGCGCAUCAGAGACAGCAUGGCGCCGCCGUACAUUGAAUUCGUGCACGGGUUGAAUAAACUCUCGCUCUCCAUCGGAGCGCUGGCGCCGCCACUGUACUACCCGAAUGGAACUAACGCCAUGCUUUACGGAGGCCUCGGGUACUUCUACGCGAAAGGACUUCUCGAGGCGAUCGACGACGAUGGAAUUAGGGAAUUGACCGAAGAAAAGGUGUUCUUCAUCAGCGUCUGUCUGAUGUCGUGCACGAUCACGUCCCCAAAUGGUCCGUUUGGUGGCGACUGCAACAAGGCUGUCAUGAAUUUCGCCCCGUUUGCUAAAGCCUUCAGUUGUGCGCCGGGUUCCAAAAUGAACUCUGCAAGGAAGUGCACAUUUUUCGACUGACAAUUUGACACUCUCUUUGAACU